CGCAGCUCGUUGGCUUGCUAUAUAAAGGGGAGAAGCAGGCGGACCGGACGGCUGGAGCUGCAGCCGGUGGCGGCAGCGGCGGCGCGGGGAGCGGUGACCGGUGGUGGUUUCCCUCCUUCGCGCAGGGUGGGGAGAGGGCAACGCCCCCCGGACUCCUCUAGGGUCGUUGCUUUUUUUAUUUUUAUUUUUUGGAAAGGCGAUUCUCGAGGUUUUUAGCUCCGGGAGGAGUGCCCCCUCCUGCUCCCCUCUUACUCCUUCAGGAUCCGAUUUUAUAUUUUUCUCCCCCAGUUGUGCGGUGGCUUGGGUCACCCUCCGGGUGUUUUGGUUUUGUUUCCUUUUUGGUUUUGUUUUUAUCUUGUUUUCUCGGGGUCCCCCCCCCCCCCUUCUUGUUUGUGUUGUGUGUGGAAAUGGCGAACUCGGCAAACACAAACACCGUGCCUAAAUUAUACAGAUCUGUGAUUGAAGAUGUUAUUAAUGAUGUGAGAGACAUAUUUCUGGAUGAUGGAGUAGAUGAACAAGUCCUGAUGGAAUUAAAAACGUUAUGGGAGAAUAAGCUAAUGCAGUCUAGGGCAGUGGAUGGAUUUCAUUCAGAAGAGCAGCAGCUUUUAUUGCAAGUUCAGCAACAGCAUCAGCCACAGCAGCAGCAGCACCAUCACCACCACCACCAUCAGCAAGCUCAACCACAGCAGUCGGUACCACAGCAAACACAGACCCAGCAGGUUCUUAUCCCUGCUUCGCAACAAGCCACAGCACCACAAGUUAUUGUUCCUGAUUCUAAGCUAAUACAACAUAUGAAUGCGUCAAACAUGAGUGCUGCUGCUACAGCUGCUACCUUGGCACUCCCUGCAGGUGUGACUCCUGUUCAACAGAUAAUAACAAAUUCAGGCCAACUUCUGCAAGUGGUCAGAGCACCCAAUGGUGCCCAGUAUAUUUUUCAGCCUCAGCAAUCAGUGGUUCUGCAGCAGCAGGUUAUUCCACAAAUGCAGCCUGGUGGAGUACAAGCUCCUGUUAUACAACAGGUAUUGGCUCCUCUUCCUGGAGGGAUUUCACCACAGACAGGUGUCAUCAUCCAGCCUCAGCAAAUCUUAUUUACAGGAAAUAAGACUCAAGUUAUACCUACAACAGUGGCAGCACCCACACCAGCACAAGCACAGAUAACGGCAGCUGGUCAACAGCAACCACAGGCACAACCUGCUCAACCACAAGCUCCAUUGGUGUUACAGGUUGAUGGAACCGGGGAUACAUCAUCUGAAGAAGAUGAAGACGAAGAAGUAGAUUAUGAUGAUGAUGUACUGGAAGACAAAGAGAAAGAAGGAGCUGAAGAUGGACAGGUGGAAGAAGAGCCCCUCAAUAGUGAAGAUGAUGUGAGUGAUGAGGAAGGACAGGAACUCUUUGAUACAGAAAAUGUUGUUGUAUGCCAAUAUGAUAAGAUACACAGAAGUAAAAACAAGUGGAAAUUUCAUCUCAAGGAUGGCAUUAUGAAUCUUAAUGGAAGAGAUUGUAUAUUUUCUAAAGCCAUUGGAGAUGCGGAAUGGUGAAGAGUUGCUUUUUUUUUUUUUUUUUUUUACAAAUAAACAACAAAAUUUAAAGUGGAUAGUUUGAAACUUGGGACAUACUUCACCAACCAAAACUUAACUUCUGCAUGUCAGAACAGUGCAGUAGAAGC